AUGCUUUUCCUCAUCAGAUUAUCAACAAGUGGAGAGUUUUCUGGAAUUCAAAAUAGCCCGAUUGCAUUUAAUACUGAAGAUAAAGUACCAGAAACAGACAUUACUAAAGACAAUCAUUACAAUAUUCAACAUUGUCAAUUCAAUGAUACUGGAGCAUAUAAAGGAAAAUCAUCUAUUGACUUUCGCAAUGGAGAUGGAAGUCAAUAUAUUGAGGUUCACUCUUGUAUUGUAACAUACGGACGAGGAAAUUACGGUGGAGGAAUAUAUUUCUAUGGAAAAUUCGAUUUUGAUAUAAGUCAUAUAUGUAUUAGUGCCUGUUUAUGUUAUUGGUAUAGUGCAAUUGCUUAUUUGAAUGGUGGUGAAUCCAACAAAUAUAAUCUUACUUACUUGACAUCUAAUCAAUGCCUUCCAGCUAAGCAUCCAUUGUACCUGAAGAAUUUCAAGGAAUAUACAUAUAGUAACGUGUCCUUCACUCCUGCAAAUGGAUAUACUUAUGGUAUUGUUCUCGCCGAAUCUGUACAUGAUGACAAAAAAUAUAGUUACAACUCAUUUUGUAACAAUACAAGUGCCCAAGGAAUAGUUUAUUUUUAUGAUAUGUCUUUUAAUACAACUGCAUCUAAUUGUAAUUGCAUCGAUAAUGAGGCAUCGUCAUAUUCAGUUAUCAUUUAUGAUCAAGAUCGUUAUAUGGGAGAGCUCUAUCUUCAUAUUGAAAAUUUCUAUAUCUAUGGAAACAAAGUUUAUGAUUAUUAUUAUACUUAUCAUGAAUAUGAUCAUGGAAAAAUUAUUGUUAAAGAUUGCCAAGCAGAUAAUCAUGAUUCAUAUUAUCAUGCUAUAUUUGUUGGUGAAAACAUUAGAUUAACAUCAGAUGAGCACCAAGAAAUUCAGCAUUUCUCUACAUACGCAUGCAAUAUUGCAUAUGAUGUUGAAAACAUAGAAGUUGAAACACCAAUUCCAUUUGAAACUCCAUUUGAAACAGCGCAUGUAACACCUUAUUUAACAGAACAUCAAACACCUUUUGAAACUGCUUUUGUUACGCCAUUUCUUACAGCUUUUCAAACACCAUUUGAAACGGCGCAUGUAACACCAUUUGUAACAGUGUUUCAAACUCCAUUUGAAACUGCAUUUAAUACACCAGUAAUCACUAAUGGUUUAACACCUUUUGAAACAGCAUUUCAAACAAAUAUUCGGACACCCUAUGAAACAAAUGAAAAACAUGAUAAACCUGAAAGCAGCUCAGUUGAUGAUCAAGCAGCGAUAAAUCAAUCAAUAGAUAAGAAUGGCAAUGAUGUUGGACAAAGCAGUACAUCCAUAAUUUUAGGUGCAGAUUCAAAAUCUUCCAAUCCAAAAUUGGGAAAUGAAAAGUGGAUAAUUAUUGGAGUAUUGGCUUUUAUUGCAAUAGUUACAAUUGUAAUUGUAUCGAUUUAUUUAUAUAAGAGGAAGAACUCUACACGAACAGAUGAUUAUAGUGAAACGGAAAUGGUUGAAGAGACAGUGAUUGUCGCAAAUGAUAAUAUAUCAUUUACAAUUGAAAACCCAUUGUUCACGACAACCAUCAACGGAAGUGACGACCCUUUCAAAUCAGCAUUUGAAGAUUCAGAUGCCGACGGUGUAUUCCAUAUAAAUGAAAAUUAA